UUCGCGGCCGGGCACCCGCGUACUACGCCGUAGCGCUACGAACACUACGAGGCUACGAGUUACAUUUUUGUGGUACUACGCUGUUUGCAGUGAAUGCUCCCGUUUUGCUUUGACAUUUUUUUUUUCGAUCCAGUGCAGUGAAUGAGUUUCAAACGGCUCAGUGUGUAUACUUUUUGGUGCAUUUUACCUUUUAUGGCGAUUCUAUAUCGAGUGUAAAAUGUAACAGCCAUACAGAAAAUAUAGCCCAACUUACCCAAAAAUAAACACAGACCAAAAAAAUGUGAAGUGAAAAGUGCCAAACCUAAAUCAGUAUGCUGAACGGAACGACAGACAGGGGCGGAGUGUCCCUACAAUCGUCUCCCGUGAAGGUAUCAACGUCCCCAGUUAGGGCCACAUCCAGUCCCGUGCGGGCGCCACCAUCCCCACUCAAGAGUUCCUUAGCCAGUGGUAGACGAUCACCUAGGAGAUGUCAGUUCGCGGCCCCAGUCGAGGACGCGAGGGAUAAGUGUGGGGCCUCUUGGUUGUGUCGACGAGGGGCCGGGAUUGGAGAGGAAUCGGACCCCGAAAGGUCACCGGGACCGAGUGCUCCGGUGCUGCAGGCCUGUGACGAGUCCGUGCCUCCGCCGAAGAAUUGCUUCAGGCUUGUUAUGUUGGGGUCAGCUCGCGUGGGCAAAACGUCACUGGUAUCCAGGUUCCUGGGCACGAAGUUCGAAGACAGCUACACGCCGACCAUCGAGGACUUCCACCGCAAGCUGUACAGGAUCCGAGGAGAGGUCUACCAGCUGGACUUGUUGGAUACCUCGGGGAACCACCCCUUUCCUGCCAUGAGGAGACUGUCGUUUCUUACUGGUGAUCUCUUCGUGCUAGUAUUCGCGAUGGACAGCCGGGAGUCUUUCGAAGAGGUGAUCCGUCUUCGGGAACAGAUCUUGGAGACGAAGGCGAGUGCCAGCAGUGGAGGCAGCAGAGGCCGGCGUCAGGCUCCCAGGGUACCUAUGGCGAUCGCUGGGAAUAAAUGCGAUAGGGACCUUAAAACUGUCCAGCCCGAAGAGGCAGUCGCGUACUGCAACACCCAAGACUCAUCGUGUGUCUUCGUUGAAACCUCAGCCAAGAAAAACUUUCACGUAGACGACCUAUUUUACGAGCUCUUCGUUGUAGCAAACCUACCUUUAGAAAUGGCCCCUAACCACCACAAGAGAGUCAGCACAGCAUUCGGAAGCCCCUGUACCUUACCCCCAACCAGCAGCCAAAGUAGCAGAAGUAAAAAAUGUACCCUUUCCAUUAAGAGAAGAUUAUCUGACGCCUGUGGAGUCGUAGCACCAAACGUCAGACGGCCUAGCAUCAGAACUGAUCUAAUGAUAAUGAGAACCAAGACUUGUGCCAAAGGAGACACAGAUAGUACGAGUGGCAGUCCGAAGAUAACCCUGAACCGCCUUGUGAGGUCAUCGGGACAGAGUGAAAAGCGUUCGUGUGUAGUACAGUGAUAUUUAAUGUUAGUAUUGAUGGUUUAGCUGUUGACAGGUGCUGUUAAGGGUUGAGUGCUCCAAUGACCCAAAGAGGUUGAUGCUGAUCGUGCAUCGUUUUAGAUGCGUAGAUGUUGAGUUUGAUGUUUUUUAAUUUGUUAAGGAAACGACUGAUGGUUGGUGUUUAAGAAAUAUGCUCAAAUUGAGGUGCUGUUUGAAAUAUUGUUUCAGGUCAGAGAAUCGUAUUUAAGGUCGUCUUUAAAAUAUUUAGGCCUGGUCUCAAAAUUACUAUUUGGAAUACUUUAAUUGAAAUAUUUAUCUACAAAGCAGUUUGUUUAUUUUUAAACUCUUCAUUAAGUUUAUGUUUAAUUUUAAUUGAAUGUCUUCAAACUCAAUGUCUAUGCAUUCUAACAAGACAAGCCCGACUGAUGGCUGAUUUAAACAAUCUGCGUGUUUUAUACAUUUAAAUGGAGUUUGCAAUGAAAACAAUGGGAUUCGUAAACACCCAUUAGUAUUAAUCUUUUAGAAUUAAUCAGAUAUAAUGAUUGUACAAUUGCAACUUAAGUUGUAGGUACUUGGAAUUGUUUUAAUCAACCACAUUAAUGAAUUAAAAAAUAUAUGUUUUCGUUUAGGACUUGUGGAGUUCAUUACAUACAAAUGAUUUCAAGGAAGUUUUGAUCUUCAAUAGCCCAUAUCAUUGAUAUUUUUGAACUCUAUCAAACGAGAAUCGCACUGAUUGCUACACGAGUUUCUAGCUCAAUUCAAUAGUCAUAAGGUUGAUAUUUGUAUGCGUUACUGUUGGUGAAAUGGUGAUGAUGGAAAGUAUAUGAGAGUGAAGAAAUAACGUAAUAUGUUCAAUAAUAUUAAUAUAUGUACUUAACGAGAAUGGCUGUCGAGCUUGGAUUGUGCUACAUAAUAAACAAUAUUUAAUGGACUAAUUAAUUAUAAACUCAAACUUUUUUAUUUCGAAACAUUUCAGUUACGUGUACCUGUUUGUACGUUCACAAUAGAAUUUCCUGAAACUGUGUAUUGAAUAGAAAUACUACGUAGGUAUGUAUGUGUAUUUUUUCACACUACGGUACUAAUAUUGAAACAUGUUUUUUUUUGUUCUAUUUGUAAAAAUAUACUUUAUUUAAAUAGUAACUGUAUAUAAUUGUAAAUACCGUUUGUGAUAUUUUAUAUUAUCGUAGUUUUGGUUAAAUUUGUAUUAUUUUUUCAAUAUUUGUACUGUAAUGUAGACCAAUAUUUAUUCUAAAAAUAGUACUUAAUACUAUCUACUAUUUGCGCGAGGCUAGAAGAUAUUUUAAGUUGCUUUCUAAUAUUAUAUAACUUAUUAUAAAUAUGUAUAAACUUAGGCAUGGCUACUAACUGUGUAACCCUAUAUCAUUGUUGUGAUGGGACCAAAAAAUUUGCAAAAUUCUUUUGUUAUUUGAGAAAAGUGUAUCGGUCUCUUGUUGCAUAUAUAUAAUUAUAAUUUUAUUAAACUGUAAAUGGUCGAGAAAAAAGUAUAUUGACAAUGUGCAUUAAGUUUGUGUCAAAUACGUUGCUAUAUUUAAUUUGUUGGACUAAAGAUUAUUACAAAAAGUGUUAUCGAAUGUAUUGGCAAAAGUUUAAUUUAUUUUAUGUUCAAAAAGCAGUGUGUGAGGGGGUAGUGACUAAGAUGGUAUUGUUUUUAUAAAUGACACACAUACAUCGCAAUACAGGCCGGGUUUACAUAUGACAUAUUCUUCAUACGUAGGUAAAGUUUUGCACACAAAGACAUUGCCAAUAAAUAACAUAUAAUAUUUAAAACAACACAUAAAUAAAUUCAAUCCAAAAUCGCUAAGACAGAGCAUGUCAGAGGCUUUUAACCGACUUCCCAGAAAGGAGGUUCUCAAUUUGUCAGGAUCUUUGUUUUUGUACCUGCAGCUCACUCGAUAAGCAGAAUAUUAAUAUACAAAUCUAUAUAUAGAAAUCUGCAGACUCGGCCUGUGAUUCAAUAUCUUAUUACCUACUUUGCUUAAGUUAAUGUAAAUGAGAAAUGCCAAUUCGCAUGGUUUAUAUUAUUGUACUUGUAAUUAGCCGUGUAAAUGAUGUAUCAUUUUGUAACUUUUUAUCUAUACCCUCUGUCUUCUUGUCUA